AUGCCACCUACUUCAGCUUCGCUGACAGCUAUGGCUGGUAACGAGUUCUCACCUCGCAGCGCCUUCCCAAGGACAAAGCGUAAGCGUGUCGCUCCGGUCGUUGGGCCCGCUAAGGCUUCACCUACCGAAGAAAUCACAACGGUCGGGAAGAACAAGGCCAGCGCUACAGCCGCUUCCCCAAAGAAAAAUAGUAAUCUUGGCAAAUCUGCUAAGCGUGUCAAGUUCGCUGAAUUUCAACCAGCUAAGAAACUCACGCCGAUGAAGGCGGGAGUCAACCUCUCUGACAAGAACACUAAAGUCGAUGUCGUGGGCAAUGGAGGUAUCGCUGGCUGUAGCCCUAUUGUCGGCCCCACUUCUCCUACUCCAGGGCCUUCCCAAGGAGCCCUCCAGGGAGCCCACCAAGCCGCCACACCCAACCAGGGUGCAUCAAACCGAUACCGUAUUCUCAAACCCCGCUCAAUGCACGAACUCUCACCAGUCCUAAUCCCUACUCCUUCGCCAUCCCCUGUCGCAACCCCCGAACCUACUUCCAACCGAUCAUCUCCUCAGCUACAAGCUAGCCCCGAAUCGUACGCAGAAGUCGAGCCGAAUGGAAUGUACUUCGAGGUCGUUACCGAGAACGGUGUUACAAAGACUACACACCAAUGGGUCCCCGGCGCUAGGAUUUCUCCAAUUCAGAAGUUCUCCCUUGUUGAAAUUUUGUGGUAUACGGGUAAGUACAGCUACGCAUGUGGAUCGAAUCUGGCCAGUAUUUCUCCACAGUUCUCUGUGGUAAAUGGUAGUGUUGGUAUAAACGGGGAUGAUAGCAAGGAUGGACAUAUGGGAGAGAAUGGAUCUGAGAAAGUAAGUGGGGGUGUGAAUGAAGCUGGAAAGCCCGGCAGCAGUGUCGAGAGAAAGGUCAUUGAGGUGUACACUAAGGGCGCUGUGCUCGAGGUAGAGCAGUGA